UUCCAUGCUUUUGUGAAGGUUUGUUGCUCAGGAGUAAUCUCCAAAAGACCACACGGUGUAUCAAAUCCAAGAUGCUGUAAAACCCGACCCUACAACCCAAACACUCAAGUAAGAUCAUUUAAGAAUUCCUUGAAAUAAUCUUGAGCUUUAUUUUGAGCAUGUUUAAAGCUAACUUUCUGUUUCUCAUUUUUUUCUUUUAUUUGGUAUAUUGUUAUUCCUCGCUUAUACAUUGUACCCACAUUUUUCAGAAACCUUGGACUGAGAACAAAAAUUUAAAAUAAAACUUAUUGAUCAGGCAGCGCAAAAACAUGCGUUCAAUGGGUUCAUCCACAGCACCAACACCCAGAUAGAUAUCAACGAAAUGAUUUGAUAGAUGGCGAAUUUAUACAAUAUAAACAUGAUCAGUUUAUAACUAAUCGAGAUUACAGAAAUACAUCUCAUUUUUAUUCUUGAAGUGGUGAUUUCUAAUACAUUACAGACUCGCAUGAAAACAUCGUAAGCUCCCUCCCUCGUUGAGUUAUCAAUAUUUAUGGUAGCACUAUUUCAGAUACUUCUUUAUUCACUGUUUUUAUUAUACUUGCCAUCUUUACGCUAUUAUGCCAGGGUCAUAAUAGAUGAAAUAGAGAAAUAGAGAAGCUUAGAGAAAUACUAAGAAAUCUCGAUUUAAGAAGAUAUCAAUAGAGAAAAGAGCAAGUCUAAGAUCAUUUUGCUUUUCCUGAUUCUCAUAUUUACUCGUGGUCUUCAAUUCAUAAAAUAGUAUUUAAAGAUAAAUUAGAGGAAUACACGAAACAACUUGAAAUAAAUUGAUAUUCACUUUCUCCGACGAUUAAAUUUUCAGGUAUGCUGUGGUGGUGUUAUUCAUCCCAAACCAAGCCAUGGACCGGUGAGCUGUUGUGGCACGACAGUGAUCUUCUCCAAUUAUCAACGUUGCUGCGGCAAUAGAGUGUAUAACCCAUCAACUCAGGUAGAUAAGUAUUGAAGUUUAUCUCUGACAAAACGUGCAGCUAAGGUCACCGAAAGUAAACUUAUAGAAACUUGUUGCCCAAGGAGCACUAAAAAAAAGCAUCUCCUCGCGACUAAAUUGCUUUUACAUAUGUAAGAGCAUGCAUGGAAGGGAAUCGAUAGCAAAAAUAUAUCAACUUUGAAAAUACUGCUCAGUGUCUUUCGUUUCAUCGGUGGGGUACCUUUCAGAUUAAAGCCCAAAAUUACAGACGCUUGACCCUCAUUUUGCAGACUCCCCACUGUCUCUGGCAAAAUAUUUUCUUCCACUCUCAGUACUUCUUUCCCCCUGAAAAUUUGAUUAUCGAUACUCCUCGUGUUGUCAACCCGAACUAGCAGUCUCAGUGAUAUCUUCAAAAGAUAAAGUUUAUGGUUAGCGCUGAAAUACUAUUUUCUAUGCUCUUGUGUAGGUUUGCUGCUCAGGAGUAAUCUCCAAAAAACCACACGGUGUAUCAACUCCAAGAUGCUGUAAAACCCUACCCUACAACCCAAACACUCAAGUAAGAUCAUUUAAGAAUUCCUUGAAAUAAUCCUAAGCUUUGUUCUGAGCAUGUUUAAAUUUAAUUUUCUGUUUCCCCUUUUUUCUUCUAUUUGGUUUAUGUUUAACGCUGAAAUACUAUUUUCCAUGCUUUUGUGAAGGUUUGUUGCUCAGGAGUAAUCUCCAAAAGACCACACGAUGUAUCAAAUCCAAGAUGCUGUAAAACCCGACCCUACAACCCAAACACUCAAGUAAGAUCAUUUAAGAAUUCCUUGAAAUAAUCUUGAGCUUUAUUUUGAGCAUGUUUAAAGCUAACUUUCUUUUUCUCAUUUUUUUUCUUUUAUUUGGUGUAUUCUUAUUCCUCGCGUGUACAUUGUACCCACAUUUUUCAGAAACCUUGGACUGAGAACUUCAAAAAUUUAAAAAACUUAUUGAUCAGGCAGCGCAAAAACAUGCGUGCAAUGGGUUCGUCUACAUGCAUUAAAAAUAAUGCUCAGCGGCUUUUAUUUCAGUGGCAAAACUGUGGUACCCAUCAUUGGUGGAGUAUCUUUUAAACGAACAACAAAAACUUCUGACAAACCACACAUAAACCAUCCCUGACAGAUUCGUUUUCUUCCACUCUCAGUAAUUAAUUAAUUCUUUCUAAAGCGUAUUUGAUUAUCGAUAAUCUCCGUAGUUAAAUUCCCGAAAAUUACCGUCUAUGUGAUCCAAAAUUAAGGUACGUUUUACUCUGAAAUGCUGUGUUUCAUGUUCUUUUUGGUAGGUUUGUUGCUCAGGAGUAAUCUCAAGUAAACCAUUUCGUGUAUCAAAUCCAAGCUGCUGUAAGACCACACCCUAUAACCCAAUCACUCAAGUAAGAUCAUUUGAGAAUUCUUGGAUAUGGUUGAACGCUUCAUUUUGAGCAAUUUAUAAAUUGAUUUCUCUCUUUUUCGGUUUGUUGUUUCUCUGUUUUGUUAUAUUCUAAGUCCUUGCUUGUACAUGGACCUCACACUUUCCAGAAACCUGCAGCUGAGAAAAUUAAAAAUUGAAAAUAAAACUGCUUGCUCAGCCAACACUGGAAAGAAACAAUUUAAAAUAAACCCCGGAGUGUAUCAACUCCAAAUUGUGGUGAAAACCGACCCCACCACCCAGACUCACGAGUAAAGUCAUUUGUGAAUCGGAGUUAUGGUCAUAGGGAUAAUUUUGAGAAUUUUGUUUUGUAAAUGCAAAGUCCUCGCCAGUAUAUGGAACACGUACCGUUCAAAGUCCACUCCUUUCGGUCAAAUGCAAAACGGUGACGAGCGAAAUCUCGGCGGGAUAUGGCAUUUUUCAGAACAAUAGAAAUGCAAUAUUCUGAGUUGAAAUUCAAUAAUUCAUUGUUGAUAAUUUUCCUAUUCUGACUGGCGUAAACGAGUAUAGGCGGACUUUUCCAUUAUUUUGUCUUUACAAUUCGUUGCCGUUUUGGUUUUGCCACCGAUUCUUACCACUUUCAAAUAUCAAGGGAACAAGUUUGCCUUGCCAUUAUUGCUAUAAAAUGUUUUAUCCUCCUUUUUUUUCCCUUUUAUCCCUCUCUUCAAAUGUAAUAUCUAGAUAAACGAAUGAACAAAUGAAUCAACAAAAUAACAGCUACAUUGAUGUUAAGAGGAUUGACUAGUGGACCAAGACCCAUUUUGCAGUUGCGCCGGUGCUAAAUCAAAUUCCAUUAACGGAUUUCUUAAAACAUUUUUUAUUAUAAAGAUCUUAAUUGUACUUUGUUUAACUUUUCAGGUCUGCUGUGGAGGCAGAGUAUUUACCAACAAGCUUUGCUGCGGAUCUGUACCGUAUAAUUCAAAUACCCACUGCUGCAAAUCAGGCUUCGUUCAACUUAAAGGCUGCUGCUAUGGAAACUCACCGUUUUCACCCUGUCGCAUACAACCUUGAUCGAAAUGUUGCAAUUUUACUGUACCUAAUGAUUUAGAGGUGCUUUGCUUUAGCGACACUCUAUAAACAGGUUUGUCGCCUUCAAACUUUGUGCUUGGGCCACAGCAGAUUCUUAAGCAAUGACUAUUUUAUGUACGUCGUUUUUAAUUCAAAUUAAACCUUCUCGCAGUUUUGAUCUCACUUUCUUUAGUAUGUUUAUUAUUAUCCCUUCAAUCAGGUAUCCCUCAUUGAUUACAUUUUUCUACAGAAGAUAUUACCAUUUGAGAGAUUAAAUGAGAUUGAACAUUUCAUUCCGUCACUUCCAAAGUAAAGACUCGAAAAAUAAAUUCUUAAAAUUAGAGCCGCACCAUAACCAUGCACAAACAUAUACAACCCUUCUCGCGGGUUUAUCACUUAUUAUUCAACAUUAUCUCCAUGUUCUCUUAUCUUUCCAACGUUGUGCCAAUUUCUACAAAUCGAUUCUCCCUGUUGCUUCCAGAGCGCUGACGAAUUCAGUGGAAAACUUCCGUUUAGAUCUAAUCUACGUGUUGCGUCACAAACCAACCCUCUGACAAGAUUCAAUAGAUGCACGAACAACUGUGUUCAGAAGGACCGAUUACAAGUUAAAACGGACUUGUCGUAUCGACUGUAACUUUAAUAUCUCAAUUACAUGGUUAAGAGACCAUGGUGGUAUAAUUAUGCUGAAACUAGCAAACAAAUUCUAGCCUACAAAGGAAUAAUUUUGUCUCGACGUGAAAUUUUCGAAUCAAAACCUACAAACAUCCAAGACAUCCAACGGUGUCGAGGCUCACAAUUCUGAUUUUUAAUAACUCAUUUCGUACGAUUGAAUCGUUGAAACUCAUUUUCAUAUCUUCCCCACCCGUUGGACCUCCGAUAGAUGCCCGCAUGAGAUCAGGGCCAUAUGUUUCAGUCAGUCCAAGACGGCGUCGGAUCGAUACCCAUGGGAUAUCAUAAAACUCGCGAAAUCUGAAUUUUCCCGUAGGAUUCAAGUCGUCAGUAACUUGUACUUGCAAUGUUCUAAGUUUGAAGACGUUGAACAUCGGUUUAAUUAAGCAGCUUCUACCAAUAAAUAAAUUUAAACCGCGUUAAAAAAAUACAGUUUUAAAACAUGGUCAAGCUUUGGUGGGUAUGAGAUAUUCGACAGUUUCCAGAAAACCAAAAACAGGGAAAAUAUUUGUUCCGCAAUAGCAUCGGAACUUGAACUCAUGGUUACUUCACUUGAAAACUUGACCUCUUAAGUUUCGGGUUGGAUUGACAAGAAAAGGGAUGAUGUAUGAAAUGCUUUUCAUCACGAAACUCAGACCUAAUUUUAAUGUCCAGACGGUCUCCAUACGUGUGAAACUUUGUGUUUAGCUUGUCGGUUUAAUUUUUGUUCGUUUGCUAGUUUCUCCGCUCUUAUCACCUUUGCUCUUCCUAGUAUUUAUAGUCCCUGGUUUUUAUCAUUUUUUUGACUUAGUAAUGACGUUUUAAGUAACAUCGAAAGGUCGUCGCCUUUUCUACCUUUUUUUCGCUUUUUAUAAUGGUUUUUGAAAAUGAGUUUUCGCAAAUUUUUAUUGUAAAUGUUUUUUUUAAGUCACUUCUACGUUUAAUUCUUGUGUUGGUUUUCAAACUGUUUACUGACACCGGUUCUGGCCGAGCGAUUCCUGAUCUUGGCCUCUCGUUGUGAUAAAAACAGUAUUUUCUUUUGUGCUCAGUUCUGGAAUGUACCUUCUAAUUUUUUAAUACUACAAACAGCCUUAUUAUUACAGCGUUAGCAACGAGGAAAUUUUUUUAUUCUAAACACGUCUUAUUCUAGACACCUUGGAAACUUGAAUAAAUGUAUGAUAUGCAGAAAGUUUUCCGACUAAAAGUCAACAUUUGAGACAUUUAAGGAAGAGGUGAUAUGCAGAAUUUUUUUUUUUUCGAUUGCAUGCAUUCUAACUACAAUAAUAAAUAGAGUACAAAUCUCCCACGAUAUUGUACGGUUAUUGUUCGUUACACUUGCGUGAGUUGUUUCAGCCACGCGUUUCUCACCCUUUGAGAAAUGAAUAAAGAUGUUGGAUAACAAAUAACUUAUAAAACUUUUUGGUGUGCCGGAUCGCUGAGUAUUGUUACUCGUUGUCUGUAUUUUAACUCACCAUGCAGGCUCGUCAAAAUACAGUACAACUCGUUGAUUUUUAUACGGUUUAUCGCUUUUGAAUUGCUUUUAAAAACCAUUCUAUUUGUGAUGGCAAAAUGGGAAAUUAAUUAAGUUUAUUAUACGAUAUUGCAGCUUUAAAACGGACAACAUUUAAGAACAGCAACUGAAAACAUUAAGAAUUGAAGAGCAAAAUAAAUCUGUGGAGGGCCAUAUUGAUGGUAUAUUGCCUAACUAGUCAUGCAUUCAUUUAAGGUUCAACUAUAGCUAGCCAUAAGUGAUCUUUUAUUUUGUCUUUGUUGGGCUCUAAACUGACAUCAAAUAUCUUUAUUUCUUUUGAUUCAGGAAAGCGCUAACGUCAGAGGAACAAACGCAAGGGAUGGUAAGACAAAGGUUCUUGAUGGAACGCAGUUCCGCAAAAAUCCUAAUUCUGCAAAAAUAAAAAAAAUUUUAAAAAAGUCACUUUGAAUCUAUUUGUUAUUGUUUUUUUCCAACGCUGUUGAAAGUACCGAUGGCACCUAACGAACACAGCUUUCAUGGUUGCUUCAGACAGUCCAAUCAUAUACUGGGUGAUUUAGUAUUAUCAACUGAGUUGAUAACGUAAAUUGGCCACCGUAAAGAGUUUCAAAGCUGAUGUUUUGAGUGCUAGCCAUUUGUCAGAGCGAUUGACGAAGAAGAUCGAAUCGUCGGACGUAUUACUCUGACGAAGGGCUAAACGUCAGCUUUGAAACUCUUUACGGUGGCCAAUUUACGUUAUCAACUUAGUUUAUAAUGCUUAAUUACCCUGUUAUACUCUCCCACCGACGCAACACCAUAGUUUGUCUAGAGACGUACCCGCUUUAUUCAGUCAUAUAGUGAUUGGACAUCGCAUUGUCUCAGGUGCACGUUUUUGAAAUUCUUCACCAUCGCUUGGUAUGAAAAGAAAUAUAUUAGUUAUUUCAGGAUGAGGUUGCGAUAGGCACGUCAACACACGUGGUAACGCGACGAAACACCGUUGCUGCCCAUUAACCACAAUUGUCAAGGUUGCCUGGUGUCGAUUUGCGAAGUUAAGAUAAGAGCAAGUUAAACAAUCGUCCCACAGAAGGCAAGUUUGAUUUAGGUCGAACCACUCAUAUUAGCAGCUAUUUUAAACAAAACUUUUUCCUGUUUUGAUUGCUCAUUGAUAUUACUGGCAACAUCUCGCACUCAAACCAUGUUAUGAUCAAUUGUCUAUCAAGUUCCGGGUUCGAAUUUAGGUGACGGCUUAAAAGGAGUACAGAGGGUGACUCUUAACAGUCGGAGUUGAGAAGGUAGACUUUCAACAGCUCUUCAGUUAACAAAAUGUUGAAAUGCUUCUCCAAACAGUCGACAAACCCUUUAAGUUGUCAGGUAAGCGUAUAGAUCAAGCCCAACUUUGGACAAAACUAUGCGGAAAAGAUGAACCCUCUAAAAAUUUGUCUCGUUGUUUAGGUGUGGCUUCGUAGUUCAUUUGGUAGUGAGGCCCAACGAGUAUCGAUAUCGGGAAGAAACGGGAUCGAAUCACGGCGAAGCCUAAAUUUUUUUAGGCUUCUCUUCAGCAGUCCCUUUAAUCGUAGCUCAGCCACGAGGAUCAUUGCUUUACGUUUUUUUCAUCUGCAGGUCAAAUGUUAAUUCAUUUAAAUUGUGAUUAGUUUGCACACUUUUAACGAGAACUUUAAAUAGCGCCCUAAUUCUAGAUGAGAGCCACUGAAAGGAAAUAAAAUUGAGGAGAAAAGGGUUACUCGGCAUUACCUUACUUUGAGGGUAGCAAUGUAAGGUCAGUUUAUAGAUCGAUCGUUUUUACUUUUAAAAUUUGUUUAAAAAACUCCUCAGUUACGCACACAAAGCGGAAAAGUUUGCUAAUCUUUUGCAACCGUUAUUUGGUCUCGUCACGCAAUGGCUCUCUCUCCAAUUGAGAAUAGAGGGCGUUGUGUGACGAGACCAAAAAACGGCUGUGAAAGAGACCGCAGUAUGCGUAGCACCGAUACAUUUUAUUUUUGAUGAGAAGUACUUAUACAAUAAAGACAAUAGACCACAAAAUACCUGUGUGAUUUAAGAUAAAUUAGGUUUUUUCUGUUUCUCUUAAAGUGAAGUAAUGCGAUAUUUUCGUUCUUUUGAAAGUUAUGAAAAUCAUAGGAAUACAAAGUGUCCCAGCUCGACCUACGCAGCUGAGAAAAUAACUUGUAUGCUACGCAUGCCUAUGUUUAACAGAGCAAAAUUUCUUUGCUGUAUAUAUGAAAUUCUUUAUUGACCAAACUUUUUCGGUCAAGAUGGCUGGAAAUUUAUUAAAAAUUUGUUUUAUGGUAUAGCCCCAAGUUUGAAACAGGCAUCGACUAAACAUUCUCAUGGAGCUUGAUCUCGUGAUUUGUUUUAUUGCAUUACAUUAAGGACCCGCGCUGAUUUUUCGCAAUUAAGGGUGCCACAAAGAAGGAUGCACAUUGGAAUUCCAAUGAGCAAAACAGCGUAAUUAACGUUACAUGGUUCUGAUCACAGCAGGAGCCUUGGAGACGUUACCAAAAGCAAGUGCUAUUUUUUGUUAUUUCCUGGAUGUAAUAUUGCUGUUUUUUUCUCCAAAGAAAAAGUUUUGAGAUUAUGUUUGGGUUACCAUAGUACUGCGUGGGUACAGCACUUAAGAGUUACUGGUGCGUGCAGCGAAAGUAUUCUUUUAGCGGCGAUUGUUUGUAAUAAAGUAUCCAAUGUAAUAUGCUGGAAACUAAUGUUUGCGGUUCAUUCUCUAAAAAACCUUUUUUAUGUGUUCACCGCCUUAUCGAUAUCUGCUGAUUGUAAAAUCAAAUAUGCACACAUGUUCUGCUAAUUUGUGUGAAAAUCAGGUGCUGUUGGUGACUAAAUUUGCCGCUAAAUAUUGCACUUGCAGACAGUCCUUCUGAUUUCUAUGCUUGGGAAUCUCCAGAUAAAAACAGCAAAGAAUUUAUGAGACUUGAUCUAAUAGUGCAAACAAACAUCAAUAUAUCUCCAUCAGAUUUUUACACAAGUAAACUAAAUGAUAGGCACCAAGAGCUCUGAUAUUGCUUUUGUGCUGCUAAGAAAAAACGUGGAAAAUUUAGCUUAUUCAAAACAAGUUUUACUCAGGAACUUUGACUAAAUGUGCGAUGUGAAGAAAAGUUCUUUACUAAAACCGAACGUUUAGUACAUUUAAGGUAGAGGUGACGUGAAGAUACUUUUUGGUUGUGAUAUCUCACGAUGUUGAAGUCCAGUGACUAUUAAGUUCAAAUGUAUACUAUUUAUUGCCUUUGUAUGCCCGGCAUGAAACCGUUUUACUUGUAAUGACAAUAUUAGAGAAUUAAGCUUUAACGAGAGAGAGUUAUCCUAUAAUAUUUUCGCUCGAAAUCAAGCAAAAUUCGGGAACGGCAAGAAAAAAGUACUUUGGAGACCAAGCUUCUCUUUGAUAUUGAAAACACAAAUCAAACUUAAUGAUAAAUAUUUGGAAGACCUAAUGAUAUGUUCCAAUUAAGAAUCAACUGCCUGCAAUAAAUCUCUAUUGUAUUUCAAAGUCUUUGUUUGACUCGAAACUAAAAUAAAACAAAUCUAAUUUAGGAAAGCGCUGACAAAACAGGAACAAAAGCAAGGGCUUGUCAGGCAAAGGUUCUAGAUGAAAUGGAAUUUCGCAAAAAUUCUUAUUGAACAAAUUAAAAACACAGAAGUCGAAAGCUUUAAAUCCACCUUUUCAGUUUAAUAUAACACCUAUAAUAUGUCGCGAUAAUAUAGCACCUAUCGAACACAGCUAUGUCUGAUUGGAAAUCGCAUCGUUCUAGGUAAAAUCUUUGAAAUUUUUCAUUAUCGUCCUGCAUGGAAAGAAAUCACCUGAUUUCCUUUAUUUCAGGAAGGGGUCAGACUAUUAAGGCAGCCUAAGCACGUUGAAAAAAAGGAAAGAAAAUCAGUAAAUUUGGACUCAACACUCUUUCUGCAAACGCCGCAAAGCAGCUAGUGUUAUGUAGUUAGGGCAUUAAGUGCGUGAUUCAGCAAGUUCAGCUAACGUCAAACUAACACUCAAAUAUGUGUUUGUUCAUUUGAUAUUAAUAUCCGCCAACAUCUAGCAUUAAACCAUGCAAUGUUCAGUUGUCCGUCAAGUUCCAGUUUCGAAUUCCAAUGACAACGUAAAAGAGAUCGCGGUGAGUUGCAAAAACCAGUCGGAGUUGCGAAGGUUAGCUCUCGACAGCACUUCAUUAAACGAAGGUAAGUAAGUGCUUCAUCGUUGUCACAAUACUAGUUAUGUUAAGCAAAUUUACACUUUUUUUAACAAGCCAAGAAAAGAGUUCUCAAUUUUCCAUUUGUGUGUUUGCCAAUAAUUCGCCAAAGUCAACUUCCUUCGCUGACCUCGUUAGUAAAAUUGGACAGAAGUUUCUUUGCAGUUUAGAUGAGUGUUGAGAACAAAAGUGAAAUGAGGUGAACGUGGAAUAGUAAAUUUUGUCCAUAAACGCUAGCUGGUUAUCGAUUUAAAGGUAAUAAAGGGCGUUAUAAUAAAGUUCGGAUAUAACGCGUGCUGUCAUUGGUUGAAAGAGCGUGCUCUAUGAGAGUAUAGAGCAUAGAGCUGAGCUAAAGCUGUCACGCCAUCUGUCAAAUUGCACUAUGUUCGACCUUUUCCGGGACUUCUUUUUAGCUCUUUUUCCGAUAACUGAAAGUGGAAUUUCGGAACUGAAGCGAGCCGGCAAGUAGCAACAGAAGAACCAAACAAAGGUUUGUAAACAUACCAGGCGCCGUAAUUUACGUGAUUAAAACGUGAGCAGAUGCGAAAAUCCAAAAGGAAAAACAAAAUAGACAUUCCGAGUUUUAAAGAUUUUCACGCUCAGUUAGAUUGCAAGCUUACGUACGGUAAUAAAAAUCAAACACAGCUAACACUCGUAUAGUAUAUAAAGUUCAGUGUUCAAAAACAAAACAGAACAAAACAGAAAUGAUGAAAAAUAUAACCAAACUGGCAUAACUGUUAAAAUUCAUACUAAUCAUGACGGUGUCUGAGCGAAUAUGAUCAUGCUGAAGUUCAUCGCGGCUCGCUCAUCAUGGCGAUCUCCGGUCAUCACGGUAAAGCAAGCCUCAGAAACUACAUCGGCCGGCCUUCGAGUGAAAAAAUAUGAGCUUGCUCUGAUAUCCUUUCCGAUGCGUUGGGUGGAAAGUCACAUCAGUCACUGCAACCGAGUUUUGCGGCGCUGCCAUCCCGAGCGAUCUUCAUGUUCCGGUGAAUUCGGCUGUCGUUCCUUCAAAAAACACUCGCCUUGAACAGUUUGUUUUCUACCUUGUCAUGCAGAAAAACUCACGUGUUUUUAUGAGCCAUAAUUCGGCUGUAGUUCACUGAACAUUUCACUUCAGGAUUCUGUAUUAGAGACUUAAAAACUUCAAGCAAAAGUGUUAAAUUCGACUUGCCGAACUAUUUUAGUUUGUAAACUAUCGUAGAAUGUGAACUUUGAUGGUUUUGAACUUUGAUGGUUUGACACUUUUGACAGCUUUAGUCUUGUACAGCCAAUCAGAGUAUUUGAACCAUUCUAUCAGGGAUUCUGAUUGGCUUAUUGUAGCGUGCUUUAUGAGAGUAUAGAGCAUGCUGACGACACUGUUGUUCGCUUUGGAAAUAAAGUUUGUUUUGGAAAUUGAAAGUAAUGCUUUGGUACUUUAACGGAUCCUUUAUUAUAAAACAAAUAGAGAAGCCUUGACUGUGCUCUUUUCUGUUAUAAAGCACUUAGGAAGCGGCUAGAGCACUCAAGAAGUGGGAAGAAACACUCGACUACGUCUCGUGUUUCUCCCUACACUUCUUUCGUGCUCUAGCCGCUUCCUGCGCGCUUUAUAACAGAACAGAGCACAGUCAAGGCUUCUCUAUUUGUUAACUAAAGUUGAAAAUUGAAGAUGAGUUUGGAUACUGGCCAUAUCACGACCAUAUUACGAUUGAAAAAGAAUGGAAUGCAGAUGAAUCCCUAAUCAUUAAAAUCUGCUUUAAUAUACAGCUGAGCCUUUCUGUUGCCUCCCAACAUAUUUCGGUGAUAUAUCGAUUAUCAUUGAAAUCAUUUAUUUUCUUACAACAGAGUGCGUAAGUUUUUAAAGAAAAUCUGGUGUUGCGUAAAUGGUGGGGAAUAACAUGAUAAUUUGGUUUUAUCACCUGAGUUAAUAACGUAAAUUGGCCACCGUAAAGAGUUUCUAAGUUCUUGAAGCUGGCUUGGUUGGUGAAUGAAGAGAAUAAAAGUCAGCCUGGUGUUAGUUCAUUUUAAGGAUUGCUCAGUCAUUUCAAUUUCAAGACUACUCGCCACUUUUAGAAUUUUAUAUUCAAUCGAAAAAAAUAUGUUUUAUUAGCUGUUCAGUGACGCACAGGAGGCUUGUGAAUCUUUUUGGUCUUUGGAUUGCAAAAUUUUGUUCUGUCCGUGCAAACCUAAAGCAAAUGUGGCAUUUACCCCAUUUGCACCACAUUUGCUACGGCUUUGGACCAGAUUUGAUGACAUUUGCACUGCGCAAAUAUGAUGCAAAUCCGUUUUUUUCGUCCAGUGAGAUGAACUUAUUAUUUUCACUCAUCUGUUCAUUUCAGAAAUUCCUUUUGUGCUAAUUCAAAGACCAGGCAGAAACCGACCAUCAUCAUAGAGUCAACAUGACACAUGUCAACUGUCUGUUGGGAGUCGUCGUUUUUGUCCUUCUGGGUAGGAAGUAAACUUUUGAUCAGCAUUGAUCAUCUUCCUUCUAAUUAUAAAUCAGCGAUCCUCGGAUGGCUAUAGCAGUAAUAAUCCGGCCGUCUGGCAGUGGUUACAUUUGGACUUAUCCGAGUGCUCGAAAACGUAGGAGCAAAAAUUAUCUUUGAUAUUUUCAAGAUUCUCAACUAGAUGGUGACCGAAGCUAAAAGAAUUUAGAGUGCUUUUCUGCUGAGUCGUAAAACCAAAGCCUCAACAAUCUCGACGGCUAACAAGAGAGAGAAGAAAAUUGUCAGAAAGAGCUAACGAGAGGUCAAAGAGUAGGGAAACACGGGUUACAAUUGGAAUGGCUUAUAGUUUUCUGCCAAAAUUAAAUUUUGAGUCGGUUCAUUGCCUCACGUUCAUUUCAGUAGUUAAUAAACAUUGUUUCUUUUUUUAAAGCCAUAAAGGUCCUCUGUCAGGACCCUAUUGAUCAAUCUGAACACGAGAAUUUGAUACUACUUUGUGAUCCGCACCGCACGAACGGUCACUGCUGUGGCGGAAUAAGUUAUCAUCCAUUUUCACAGCUGUGCUGUUCAGGCGCUAUUCAACCGGUUAGUGGUCCUCAAUACUCUUGCUGCGGGAAAACUUUCUACAAUACUGGAACACAGCUCUGUUGCUCAGGUGUCGUGAGACCAAAGAGUCACUCACAAAACGCUUGCUGUGGAACUUCAGCUUACGACACUACUAGACAGAUCUGUUGUAUUAGAUCCAUCUUUCCAAAAUUCUACGGCAGAACUCUUGCCAAAUGUUGUAGGUAAGAACGCAUUUUAAAGGCAAUUUUAUACGUAGAAGCCAGUUUACUCACUUGAGGGGUCUCAGGUUUUCGUUUUUGUAACAUCAUUUUGUUAAUGGCUGCGAUAAACUUGUAAGAUGAAUAAGUUGUUCGGUAUUUCUUCGUCUUCCUUUAACAGUGUCAUUGUAAAUUGGCAGUUUCUUCUUUUGUUGAAACAUGCGAUCGCCUUUGUGUGCUGAUUGCCUGGUUUGAUUCUUCCACAUUAAAUCCAUAUGAUACGUACAAAUUACCUCACUUUAAACGGUCAAGAUCUGCAGGAUGACUUGAGCGGUUUCGAAAAUAAGCGCCAUCAUUUCGAUGGAUUUUAUCAGGGUUUUUUUGCAUUUCAUUCGGGUUUUCUGAUACCAAGUAUGAAUUAUGUUCAUGUAGCCAUAACCAGACGAGUACAAAUGCAGUAUUAUUUGAUCUGAAUUAACUUCUUUCAAGUUAUUUUAACAAUUUUUUAUUUUCAUUCCCCGUGAUAAAUACUCUGCAAAAGUGCUUUUUUUUCCAACUCAAAUCUAAAGCAGAACUGUUAAGUAGAGUAAAAUACAAAUCCUUAAAAAAUUUUUCCCUUUAGCUCUGGAUCCUACUACUUUACUUUUGUACUCUUGCAUUAAUCCUUAUUGUUCAGAAAAAUGUUUCUUUCGUCUUGUCAUGCGUCAGCGUGGAACAAAGAAAAUUCUGAGCAAGAUAGUAAAUCUCAAUCAGGAAUCUUUUUUGGGGGUCUUUAGAUCUUCACGCUAUAAUCCCACUACCCAAGGAUGCUGUGCUUGGAGAAAGCCAUAUUCUACCUCUACUCAACUCUGCUGUGGAGGAACAGUUGUUCAGAAAAUCAAAGGCUCUGCCUGCUGUGGAAAAAGAGUUUAUGACACCAACACCCAGGUAGAUAUCAACGAAAUGAUUUGAUAGAUGGCGAAUUUAUACAAUAUAAACAUGAUCAGUUUAUAACUAAUCGAGAUUACAGAAAUACAUCUCAUUUUUAUUCUUGAAGUGGUGAUUUCUAAUACAUUACAGACUCGCAUGAAAACAUCGUAAGCUCCCUCCCUCGUUGAGUUAUCAAUAUUUAUGGUAGCACUAUUUCAGAUACUUCUUUAUUCACUGUUUUUACUAUACUUGCCAUCUUUACGCUAUUAUGCCAGGGUCAUAAUAGAUGAAAUAGAGAAAUAGAGAAGCUUAGAGAAAUACUAAGAAAUCUCGAUUUAAGAAGAUAUCAAUAGAGAAAAGAGCAAGUCUAAGAUCAUUUUACUUUUCCUGAUUCUUAUAUUUACUCGUGGUCUUCAAUUCGUAAAGUAGUAUUUAAAGAUAAAUUAGAGGAAUACAUGAAACAACUUGGUGUUGGUGGUGUUGUUCCAAACCAAGCCAUGGAUCGGUGAGCUGUUGUGGCACGACAGUGAUCUUCUCCAAUUAUCAACGUUGCUGCGACAAUAGAGUGUAUAAUCCAUCAACUCAGGUAGAUAAGUUUUGAAGGUUAUCUUCUGACAAAACGUGCAGCUGAGGUCACCGAAAGUGAACUUAUAGAAACUUGUUGCCCAAGGAGCACUAAAAAAAAGAAUCUCCUCGCGACUAAAUUGCUUUUACAUAUAUAAGAGCAUGCAUGGAAGGGAAUCAAUAGCAAAAAUGCAUUGACUAUGAAAAUACUGCUCAGCGUCUUUCGUUUAAUCGGUGGAGUACCUUUCAGAUUAAAGCCCAAAAUUACAGACGCUUAACCCUCAUUUUGCAGACUCCCCACUUUAACACUCAAGUAAGAUCAUUUAAGAAUUCCUUGAAAUAAUCCCGAGCUUUACUCUGAGCAUGUUUAAAUUUGAUUUUCUGUUUUUCAUUUUUUUUCUUUUAUUUGGUUUAUGUUUAACGCUGAAAUACUAUUUUCCAUGCUUUUGUGUAGGUUUGUUGCUCAGGAGUAAUCUCCAAAAGACCACACGGUGUAUCAAAUCCAAGAUGCUGUAAAACCCGACCCUACAACCCAAACACUCAAGUAAGAUCAUUUAAGAAUUCCUUGAAAUAAUCUUGAGCUUUAUUUUGAGCAUGUUUAAAGCUAACUUUCUGUUUCUCAUUUUUUUCUUUUAUUUGGUAUAUUGUUAUUCCUCGCUUAUACAUUGUACCCACAUUUUUCAGAAACCUUGGACUGAGAACUUCAAAAAUUUAAAAUAAAACUUAUUGAUCAGGCAGCGCAAAAACAUGCGUUCAAUAGGUUCAUCCACAGCACCAACACCCAGAUAGAUAUCAACGAAAUGAUUUGAUAGAUGGCGAAUUUAUACAAUAUAAACAUGAUCAGUUUAUAACUAAUCGAGAUUACAGAAAUACAUCUCAUUUUUAUUCUUGAAGUGGUGAUUUCUAAUACAUUACAGACUCGCAUGAAAACAUCGUAAGCUCCCUCCCUCGUUGAGUUAUCAAUAUUUAUGGUAGCACUAUUUCAGAUACUUCUUUAUUCACUGUUUUUAUUAUACUUGCCAUCUUUACGCUAUUAUGCCAGGGUCAUAAUAGAUGAAAUAGAGAAAUAGAGAAGCUUAGAGAAAUACUAAGAAAUCUCGAUUUAAGAAGAUAUCAAUAGAGAAAAGAGCAAGUCUAAGAUCAUUUUACUUUUCCUGAUUCUUAUAUUUACUCGUGGUCUUCAAUUCGUAAAGUAGUAUUUAAAGAUAAAUUAGAGGAAUACAUGAAACAGCUUGAAAUAAAUUGAUAUUCACUUUCUCCGACGAUUAAAUUUUCAGGUAUGCUGUGGUGGUGUUAUUCAUCCCAAACCAAGCCAUGGACCGGUGAGCUGUUGUGGCACGACAGUGAUCUUCUCCAAUUAUCAACGUUGCUGCGGCAAUAGAGUGUAUAACCCAUCAACUCAGGUAAAUAAGUAUUGAAGUUUAUCUCUGACAAAACGUGCAGCUAAGGUCACCGAAAGUAAACUUAUAGAAACUUGUUGCCCAAGGAGCACUAAAAAAAAGCAUCUCCUCGCGACUAAAUUGCUUUUACAUAUGUAAGAGCAUGCAUGGAAGGGAAUCGAUAGCAAAAAUAUAUCAACCUUGAAAAUACUGCUCAGUGUCUUUCGUUUCAUCGGUGGGGUACCUUUCAGAUUAAAGCCCAAAAUUACAGAAGCUUGACCCUCAUUUUGCAGACUCCCCACUGUCCCUGGCAAAAUAUUUUCUUCCAUUCUCAGUACUUCUUUCCUCCCCGUGGAUAUUUGAUCAUCGAAACUCCCCGUGUUGUCAACCCGAACUAGCAGUCUCAGUGAUAUCUACAAAAGAUAAAGUUCAUGGUUAGCGCUGAAACACUAUUUUCCAUGCUCUUGUGUAGGUUUGCUGCUCAGGAGUAAUCUCCAAAAAACCACACGGUGUACCAAAUCCAAGAUGCUGUAAAACCCGACCCUACAACCCAAACACUCAAGUAAGAUCAUUUAAGAAUUCCUUGAAAUAAUCCUAAGCUUUGUUCUGAGCAUGUUUAAAUUUAAUUUUCUGUUUCCCCUGGUUUCUUCUAUUUGGUUUAUGUUUAACGCUGAAAUACUAUUUUCCAUGCUUUUGAUCAUCGAAACUCCCCGUGUUGUCAACCCGAACUAGCAGUCUCAGUGAUAUCUACAAAAGAUAAAGUUCAUGGUUAGCGCUGAAACACUAUUUUCCAUGCUCUUGUGUAGGUUUGUUGCUCAGGAGUAAUCUCCAAAAGACCACACGGUGUAUCAAAUCCAAGAUGCUGUAAAACCCGACCCUACAACCCAAACACUCAAGUAAGAUCAUUUAAGAAUUCCUUGAAAUAAUCUUGAGCUUUAUUUUGAGCAUGUUUAAAGCUAACUUUCUGUUUCUCAUUUUUUUUCUUUUAUUUGGUGUAUUCUUAUUCCUCGCUUGUACAUUGUACCCACAUUUUUCAGAAACCUUGGACUGAGAACUUCAAAAAUUUAAAAAACUUAUUGAUCAGGCAGCGCAAAAACAUGCGUGCAAUGGGUUCGUCUACAUGCAUUAAAAAUAAUGCUCAGCGGCUUUUAUUUCAGUGGCAAAACUGUGGUACCCAUCAUUGGUGGAGUAUCUUUUAAACGAACAACAAAAAUUUCUGACAAACCACACAUAAACCAUCCCUGACAGAUUCGUUUUCUUUCACUCUCAGUAAUUAAUUAAUUCUUUCUAAAGCGUAUUUGAUUAUCGAUAAUCUCCGUAGUUAAAUUCCCGAAAAUUACCGUCUAUGUGAUCCAAAAUUAAGGUACGUUUUACUCUGAAAUGCUGUGUUUCAUGUUCUUUUUGGUAGGUUUGUUGCUCAGGAGUAAUCUCAAGUAAACCAUUUCGUGUAUCAAAUCCAAGCUGCUGUAAGACCACACCCUAUAACCCAAUCACUCAAGUAAGAUCAUUUGAGAAUUCUUGGAUAUGGUUGAACGCUUCAUUUUGAGCAAUUUAUAAAUUGAUUUCUCUCUUUUCGGUUUGUUGUUUCUCUGUUUUGUUAUAUUCUAAGUCCUUGCUUGUACAUGGACCUCACACUUUCCAGAAACCUGCAGCUGAGAACAUUAAAAAUUGAAAAUAAAACUGCUUGCUCAGCCAACACUGGAAAGAAACAAUUUAAAAUAAACCCCGGAGUGUAUCAACUCCAAAUUGUGGUGAAAACCGACCCCACCACCCAGACUCACGAGUAAAGUCAUUUGUGAAUCGGAGUUAUGGUCAUAGGGAUAAUUUUGAGAAUUUUGUUUUAUAAAUGCAAAGUCCUCGCCAGUAUAUGAACACGUACCGUUCAAAGUCCACUCCUUUCGGUCAAAUGCAAAACGGUGACGAGCGAAAUCUCGGUGGAAUAUGGCAUUUUUCAGAACAAUAGAAAUGCAAUAUUCUGAGUUGAAAUUCAAUAAUUCAUUGUUGAUAAUUUUCCUGUUCUGACUGGCGUAAACGAGUAUAGGCGGACUUUUCCAUUAUUUUGUCUUUACAAUUCGUUGCCGUUUUGGUUUUGCCACCGAUUCUUACAACUUUCAAAUAUCAAGGGAACAAGUUUGCCUUGCCAUUAUUGCUAUAAAAUGUUUUAUCCUCCUUUUUUUCCCCUUUUUUCCCUCUCUUCGAAUGUAAUAUCUAGAUAAACGAAUGAACAAAUGAAUCAACAAAAUAACAGCUACAUUGAUGUUAAGAGGAUUGACUAGUGGACCAAGACCCAUUUUGCAGUUGCGCCGGUGCUAAAUCAAAUUCCAUUAACGGAUUUCUUAAAACAUUUUUUAUUAUAAAGAUCUUAAUUGUACUUUGUUUAACUUUUCAGGUCUGCUGUGGAGGCAGAGUAUUUACCAACAAGCUUUGCUGCGGAUCUGUACCGUAUAAUUCAAAUACCCACUGCUGCAAAUCAGGCUUCGUUCAACCUAACAGCUGCUGCUAUGGAAACUCACCGUUUUCACCCUGUCUCAUACUACAUUGAUUAAAAUGUCGCAAUUUUACUGUACCUGAUGAUUUAAAAGUGCUUUGCUUUAGCGACACUCUAUAAACAGGUUUGUCGCCUUCAAACUUUGUGUUUGGGCCACAGCAGAUUCUUAAGCAAUGACUAUUUUAUGUACGUCGUUUUUAAUUCAAAUUAAACCUUCUCGCAGUUUUGAUCUCACUUUCUUUAGUAUGUUUAUUAAUAUCCCUUCAAUCAGGUAUCCCUCAUUGAUUACAUUUUUCUACACAAGAAAUUACCAUUUGAGAGAUUAAAUGAGGUUGAACAUUUCAUUCCUUCACUUCCAAAGUAAAGACUCGAAAAAUAAAUUCUUAAAAUUAGAGCCGCACCAUAACCAUGCACAAACAUAUACAACCCUCGCCGGUUUAUCACUCAUUAUUCAAAACUAUCUCCACGUUCUCUUAUCUUUCUAACGUUGUGCCAAUUUCUACAAAUCGAUUCUCCCUGUUGCUUCCAGAGCACUGACGAAUUCAGUGGAAAACUUCCGUUUAGAUCUAAUCUACGUGUUGCGUCAUAAACCAACCCUCUGACAAGAUUCAAUAGAUGCACAAACAGCUGUGUUCGGAAGGACCGAUUACAAGUUAAAACGGACUUAAUAUCUCAAUUACAAUUACACGGAAUUAAUAUCUCAAUUACAUGGUUAAGAGACCAUGGUGGUAUAAUUAUGCUGAAACUAGCAAACAAAUUCUAGCCUACAAAGGAAUAUUUUGUGUGGACGUGAAAUUAUCGAGUGUAUAAUCAAAACCUACAAACAUCCAAGACAUCCAACGGUGUCGUGGCUCACAAUUCUGAUUUUUAAUAACUCAUUUCAUACGAUUGAAUCGUUGAAACUCAUUUUCAUAUCUUCCCCACCCGUUGGACCUCCGAUAGAUACCCGCAUGAGAUCAGGGCCAUAUGUUUCAGUCAGUCCAAGACGGCGUCGGAUCGAUACCCAUGGGAUAUCAUAAAACUCGCGGGACUGAAAAAACGAUAUGAGAAGUAACGAAAGGCUAACAGUCGAAACUUCAUUUUAUAACGACUAAUUCACAUUGUUACCCUAACUGAUAAAAGCAAACUUUAUGGUUAAGUGAUAUUCAACAACUCAGGGCUUCUCACUGUUUCCAGAGUAACCCUGUUGAUGUUGGCUUAGUGAAAGAUCACCUUCCUUGAAAAAGGUAUCUUUGCUACUGGCUGAUUUUGUGUGAUUUUUAUCUUAUGCUAUGUGCACAUCAGCAAAACAUGCUUAGUUAAACCGAAUUUAAGUAAAUUAAAAUCUGAAUUUUCCGUAGGAUUCAAGUCGUCAGUAACUUGUACUUGCAAUGUUCUAAGUUUGAAGACGAUGAACAUCGGUUUAAUUAAGCAGCUUCUACGAAUAAAUAAAUUUAAACCGCGUUAAAAAAAUACAGUUUUAAAACAUGGUUAAACUUUGUGAAUGAAGUGAUCCUCGCAGUAAUGUGCACUACUUAGGCAGUAGUGAAAAUAAGGCCUGAAAAAAUUCAGGCCUGUACGGUGGGUAUAAGGUAUUCGACAGUUUCCAGAAAACCAAAAACAGGAAAAAUAUUUGUUCCACAAUAGCAUCGGAACUUGAACUCAUGGUUACUUCACUUGAAAACUUGACCUCUUAAGUUUCGGGUUGGAUUGACAAGAAAAGGGAUGAUGUAUGAAAUGCUUUUCAUCAAGAAACUCAGACCUAAUUUUAAUGUCCAGACGGUUUCCAUACUUGUGAAACUUUGUGUUUAGCUUGUCGUUUUAAUUUUUGUUCGUUUGCUAGUUUUUCCGUUUUUAUCACCUUUGCUCUUCCUAGUAUUUAUAGUCCCUGGUUUUUAUCAUUUUUUUGACUUAGUAAUGACGUUUUAAGUAACAUCGAAAGGUAAUCGACUUUUCUACCUUUUUUCGCUUUUAAUAAUAGUUUUUGAAAUUGAAUUUCGCAAAUUUUUAUCGUAAAUGUUUUUAAGUCACUCCUACGUUUAAUUCUUGUGUUAGUUUUCAAACUAUUUACUGGCACCGGUUGUGGUCGAGCGAUUCCGGAUCUUGGCCUCUCAUUGUGAUAAAAAUAGUAUUUUGCUUUUGUGCUCAGUUCUGGAAUGUACCUUCUACUUUUUUAAUACUACAAAUAGCCUUAUUAUUAUAGCGUUAGGAACGAGGAAAUUUUUUUUUUAUUUUAAACACGUUUUAUUCUAGACACCUUGGAAACUUGAAUAAAUGUGUGAUAUGCAGAAAGUUUUCCGAGUAAAAGCCAACAUUUGAGACAUUUAAGGAGGAGGUGAUAUGCAGAAUUUUUUUUUUUUUUUGAUUGCAUGUUACGGAAGUAAAUCUCAAUUAUUUUCUUACUACAAUAAUAAAUAGAGUACAAAUCUCCCACGAUAUUGUACGGUUAUUGUUCGUUACGCUUGCGUGAUCAUGAGUUGUUUCAGCCACGCUUUUCUCGCAUAUGAGAAAUGAAUAAAGAUGUUGGAUAAUAAAUAACUUAUAAAACUUUUUGGUGUGCAGGAUCGCUGAGUAUUAUUACUCGUUGUCUGUAUUUUAAAUCACCAUGCAGGCUCGUCAAAAUACAGUACAACUCGUUGAUUUUUAUACGGUUUAUCGCUUUUGAAUCGCUUUUAAAAACCAUUCUAUUUGUGAUGGCAAAAUGGGAAAUUAGUUAAUUUUAUUAUACGAUAUUUCAGCUUGAAAACGGACAACAUUUAAGUUAUGAUGGCAAAAUGGAAAAUUGAUUAAUUUUGUUAUGCGAUAUUUCAGCUUUAAAAUGGACAAAAUUUAAGAACAGCAACUGAAAACAUUAAGAAUUGAAGAGCAAAAUAAAUCUGUGGAGGGCCAUAUUGAUGGUAUAUUGCAUAACUAGUCAUGCAUUCAUUUAAGGUUCAACUAUAGCUAGCCAUAAGUGAUCUUUUAUUUUGUCUUUGUUGGGCUCUAAACUGACAUCAGAUAUCUUUAUUUCUUUUGAUUCAGGAAAGCGCUAACGUCAGAGGAACAAACGCAAGGGCUUGUUAGACAAAGGUUCUUGAUGAAACGCAGUUCCGCAAAAAUCCUAAUUCUGCAAAAAUAAAAAAAAAUUAAAAAAAGUAACUUUGAAUCCAUUUGUUGUUGUUUUUUUUCUACGCUGUUGAAAGUACCGAUGGCACCUAACGAACACAGCUUUCAUGGUUGCUUCAGACAGUCCAAUCAUAUACUGGGUGAUUUAGUAUUAUUAACUAAGUUGAUAACGUAAAUUGGCCACUGUAAAGAGUUUCAAAGCUGAUGUUUUGAGUGCUAGCCCUUUGUCAGAGCGAUUGACGAAGAAGAUCGAAUCGUCGGACGAAUUGCUCUGAGGAAGGGCUAAACGUCAGCUUUGAAACUCUUUACGGUGGCCAAUUUACUUUAUCAACUUAGUUUAUAAUGCUUAAUUACCCUGUUAUACUCUUCCACCGACGCAACACCAUAUUUUCUCUAGAGACGUACCCGCUUUAUUCAGUCAUAUACUGACUGGACAUCGCAUUGUCUCAGGUGCACGUUUUUGAAAUUCUUCACCAUCGCUUGGUAUGAAAAGAAAUAUAUUAGUUAUUUCAGGAUGAGGUUGCGAUAGGUACGUCAAAACACGUGGUAACGCGACGAAACACCGUUGCUGCCCAUUAACCACAAUUAUUAUCAAUAUACGCGGCCAAAUAGAAAAUCGGCCUCUUCAAAACACACGCUCAGCGGGCCGCAAAAGACUGACAGCGGGCUGCUAAUGCAUUAUCAGCCCUACAGCUGAUUGGUUCUUGCUUCAUCAUCCGAUGGAUCAUUUUAAGGUUAACUUUGUGAUAUGCCUAUUAUUUAUAGACGAUUUUAAGCAUUUUUCGGUAAUUUUCAAUAAGUUCACUGGACUGAGUUGAUUCUUUAAUAGCUUGUUCAAUCAACACUUACAUGAUGAUUUGAAGUGACUUUGAAUUCGUCAUUCACUUAGCUUGUAUUAUUAAAACUCGCAUUCUUGAUAUCAUUUGGCCUUGUUUAUUGAUAAUAAUGAUAAUGACAUGACUUUUGAGGGAAUAUUGUUUAUUUGCGCCCUUGUAGUGUCAUUUGCGGCCCUCGCGCUUCGCGCUCGGGCCGCAAAUGACACUACGCGGGCGCAAAUAAACAAUAUUCCCUCAAAAAGUCAUGUUAUUCCCUUAUUGUCAAGGUUGCCUGGUGUCGAUCUUCGUAGUUAAGAUAAGAGCAAGUUGAACAAUCGUCCCACAGAAGGCAAGUUUGACUUAGGUCGAACCACUCAAAUUAGCAGCUAUUUUAAACAAAACUUUUUCCUGUUUUGAUUGUUCAUUGAUAUUACUGGCAACAUCUAGCACUCAAACCAUGUUAUGAUCAAUUGUCUAUCAAGUUCCGGGUUCGAAUUUAGGUGACGGCUUAAAAGGAGUACAGAGGGUGACUCUUACCUGUCGGAGUUUAGAAGGUAAACUUUCAACAGCUCUUCAGUUAACGAAGGUAGGUAAGUGUUUCAUCAUUAUUGAAAUGCUUCUCUAAACAGUCGACAAACCUUUUAAGUUGUCAGGUAAGCGUAUAGAUCAAGCCCAACUUUGGACAAAACUAUACGGAAAAGAUGAACCCUCUAAAAAUUUGUCUCGUUGUUUAGGUGUGGCUUCGUAGUUCAUUUGGUAGUGAGGCCCAACGAGUAUCGAUAUCGGGAAGAAACGGGAUCGAAUCACGGUGAAGCCUAAAUUUUUUAGGCUUCUCUUCAACAGUCCCUUUAAUCGUAGCUCAGCCACGAGGAUCAUUACUUUACGUUUUUCUCAUCUGCAGGUCAAAUGAAUGUUAAUUCAUUUAAAUUGUGAUUAGUUUGCACACUUUUAACGAGAACUUUAGAUAGCGCCUUAAUUCUAGACGAGAGCUACUAAAAGGAAAUAAAAUUAAGGAGAAAAGGGUUACUCGGCAUUACCUUACUUUGAGGGUAGCAAUGUAAGGUCAGUUUAUAGAUCGAUCGUUUUUACUUUUAACAUUUGUUUAAAAAACUCCUCAGUUACGCACACAAAGCGGAAAAGCUUGCUAAUCUUUUGUGAGCGCAAUAUAUACCUGGGAUCAUGCAUUUUUUCAUUUCUCACCGGUACAAUUUUGUAGCUUAUCUUUCAGUGCCAGCUCAACCAAGAAAAGUAAGGACAAUUUUCUUAAGCAUAAAAUCGGAACAAAUGGAGGAUCGGUAAAUUUGCUAUCGAAAAGUUAGCGGAAAUUCAGCGUUGGCUAACGGUUUAGUUUUAAAUCUGUUAAUAGGCAAUUUUUCUACGCUUGUUUCAGUUGAGGUGUUAUAAUCAAUUUUGGACUAGCUUUUGUUAAACUAUGAUGAGUGCAACCGCACGUUGCUUAAGGAUGAAAAUGUAGAAAAAAAACCAAACUUGUUCCCUUUCCAACUUGUGGGACCCCUAGUUACGGGCUCAUCUAGUUCUAAACAAGAGUUUUUUUUUCCACGGGCUUAGAACCUUAUUCUGCUUUAUGCCCCUUAAAGGACAUUUGGUAACUUACCCUUAACCCUCCCUCCAUAUAUUUGAUUUCUUCCCCUAACCCCUAACCCUCCCCCCCCAUAUGCAUAAUCUCUCUCACCUCACUUCCUUCCUUCUCCAGAACAGUUAGAGAGCAUGAAAAUUAUAUGCAAUUUUCUACUCAUAUGCCGCAAAGAGUGGAAAGCAUGCAUUCCAUAAGCCUUUUGAUAAAGGCUUAAUUUUACUUUUUUAUUUGUUUAACAGCACCAUGUUGAUGAUAACCUUACUUAUGGUGGCGUUGGUGGCUCAUGUCACGCAAGGUGAAACCAGUUACAAUACUGGCGAGGGCACCGUUUACAAGCUAUCAGUGGUACAAGAUGUCACGCUUGAACGUCCAAACAGAAACUUCAACUAUUUGCCGUUCCUUCUCGUUUCUCAGCAUCCUGGUUAUCCCAAUAAAUGAUCGCUUGUAAAGUUUGAACAGCUACCGAGGUACUCCCCAGCUUACAAGAUCUUAUCUGCGAAGAUGUACCUGUACUAUGUCUACGCAAACAAGCCCAGCUGGCAUUCCAUUACCACAACCCCUUUUAUCCCCCGUUAUAUGCAGGUUCAUUUGGUGAAAAAAUCCUGGAACGAGUAUCAAGCUACCAGCUCCAAGCGCACAUCAUCUACCUAUUGGUCGAAGCGAUACCUUGGUUUGGAUAACACUGACGCAGAGGCGGUUCCUCAAGAUCGAUCACCAGUUGUUAUCUUUCCAUAUCGCCCUCGAGGCUUCGUGGAGUUCGACAUCACACGAGCAGUCAGAAGUUGGCAGAGAGGAGUACCUAACCACGGCCUUGUGAUCCGUGCAAUUAAUGAAUUUCAGAAGGGAAGAGGCAUUCGGUUUGCAAGCAACGCGGAUCGCGAUCGUUCAAGACAUGCUAUGUGCUUGUUCUAUGCAGACAGUAAAGAAAGCUUGUCGUUCUUACCCUCCCUCUUAUCAAGAUUAUAGUUUAAUCGUAUCGUAUCACAGAUAGGGGGUUGCUUGUAUCUGCACUCUGUGGAUGACAAUAAAAUAUCACACAAGGCCUGUUUUUAUUUUUACUCGUUUCUGCAUGCACACCUGUAGCUUUAGGAGAUAUAAUUAAUGAACCAGUGACAUGGUGAUUCACUCUACAUUAAUCCAUCGUGCCCAAAACAUUAUUCAUGUAGAAAGACAUACACUGUUUAGUAACAACGUGAUUAUAGACUGUUUUAUUACAUCGCUGGCAGCGCCCGUGGGCAAAAUAAAGCGAAUCCUGUGUUCUGAUUGGCUACCUGAGCCAUCUUGCCCUCUUUGAUCCCGCGCAAGAAAAGGAAGUUCGUUCGGUGGACCUAAAGAGUUCUUUAUUUUUGGACAAUGUCGGUGAUAAAGUCGAAAAAAAAAACAGUAGAGGACAGUCACAAAAAGAAAAUAUAAAAUGUUAUCGUUGGUUUGUUGUGCUACAAACACAUUUGGCUGUCUUCCCUGGCUCCCUCUCGAGAUCGCAGAAUAUCUUUGGUAAGGGACUAUUGGAGAUACAGUAGUAUCAGUUUGCUUUUCGUAGUAAAAUCAGCUGGAAUUAUAUUUUUGAGGCGACCGACUGUGGACGAUUUAUUUUGAUUUUGUUCCUGUUAGAGGAACGGUAGUAAGCGUAGUCUCUUUUGCAACGUUAUUUGGUCUCGUCACGCAAUGGCUCUCUCUCCAACGGGGACUAGAGGACGUUGUGUGACGAGACCAAAAAACGGCUGCGAAAGAGACCGCAGUAUGCGUGGCACCGAUACAUUUUAUUUUUGAUGAGAAGUACUUAUACAAUAAAGACAAUAGACCACAAAAUACCUGUGUGAUUUAAGAUAAAUUAGGUUUUUUCUGUUUCCUUUAAAGUGAAGUAAUGCGAUAUUUUCGUUCUUUUGAAAGUUGAAAGAAAACCAUAGGAAUACAAAGUGUCCCAUCUCGACCUACACAGCUGAGAAAAUAACUUGUAUGCUACGCAUGCCUAUGUUUAACAGAGCAAAAUUUCUUUGCUGUAUAUAUGAAAUUGUCUAUUGACCAAACUUUUUCGGUCAAGAUGGCUGGAAAUUGACUAAAAUUUGUUUUAUGGUAUAGCCCCAAGUUUGAAACAGGCAUCGACUAAACAUUCUCAUGGAGCUUGAUCUCGUGAUUUGUUUUAUUGCAUUACAUUAAGGGCCCGCGCUAAUUUUUCGCAAUUAAGGGUGCCACAAAGAAGGAUGCACAUUGGAAUUCCAACGAGCAAAACAGCGUAAUUAACGUAACAUGGAUCUGAUCACAGCAGGAGCCUUGGAGACGUUACCAAAAGUAAGUGCUGUUUGUUGUUAUAUAAUAAGCUCAGUUGUGCACGCAUUCUGAUUGGUUCUCACUUAUGAUCUAUUGGAGGACAGACGUAUACAUGACGUCAUCAUUAAAACUUUUUUUAAUUCUUUAUUAUAUAAAACAAAUAGAUUCCAAGUUGCCGUGCCUCUGUUCAGUAAUAGAUCACAGAGGACGUCAAAAUGUCGAUAGGUGCUAUAUUAUCGCGACAUAUUAUAGGCGUUAUAUUAACCUGAAAAGGUGGAUUUAAAGCUUUUGACUUCUGUGUUUUUAAUUUGUUCAAUAAGAAUUUUUGCGAAAUUCCAUUUCAUCCAGAAUCUUUGCCUGACAAGCCCUUGUUUUUAUUCCUGUUUUGUCAGCGCUUUCCAAAAUUAGAUUUGUUUUAUUCUAGUUUCGAGCCGAACAAAGACUUUGAAAUACAUUGAGAUUUAUUGCAGCCAGUUGAUUCUUAAUUGGAAUUAGGUCAUUAGCUUAGCUCAUUAGGUCAUUCAAAUAUUUAUCAUUAAGUUUGAUUUGUGUUUUCAAUAUCAAAAUGAAGCUUGGUCUCCAAAGUACUUUUUUCUUGCCGUUCCCGAAUUUUGCCUGAUUUCGAGCGAAAAUAUUCUAGGAUAACUCUCUCUCGUUAAUAAUAUUGUCAUUACAAGUAAAACGGUUUCAUGCCGGGCAUACAAAGGCAAUAAAUAGUAUACAUUUGAACUUAAUAGUCACUGGACUUCAACAUCGUGAGAUAUCACAACCAAAAAGUAUCUUCACGUCACCUCUACUUUAAAUGUACUAAACGUUCGGUUUUAGUCAAGAACUUUUCUUCACAUCGCACAUUAAGUCAAAGUUCCUGAGUAAAACGUGUUUAGAAUAAACUAAAUUUUCCACGUUUUUUCUUAGCAGCACAAAAGCAAUAUCAGAGCUCUUGGUGCCCAUCAUUUAGUUUGCUUGUGUAAAAAUCUGAUGGAGAUAUAUUGAUGUUUGUUUGCACUAUUAGAUCAAGUCACAUAAAUUCUUUGCUGUUUUUAUCUGGAGAUUCCCAAGCAUAGAAAUCAGAAGGACUGUCUGCAAGUGUAAUAUUUAGCGGCAAAUUGAGUCACCAACAGCACUUGAUUUUCUUAAGUGCUGUACCCACGCAGUACUAUGUUAACCCAAACAUAAUCUCAAAACUUUUUCUUUGGAAAAAAAAAUAAGUAAUACUACAUCCAGGAAAUAAUUAACAAAUAGAUCCCAAGUUGCGGUGCGUCUGUUCAGUAUUAGAUCACGGAUGACGUCAAAAUGUGGUAAGAACAAAAAAGUGGCAAACGAGGCGCAGCCGAGUGUGUCACUGAUGUUUCUCCAAAGAAAAAGUUUUGAGAUUAUGUUGGGGUUAACAUAGUACUGCGUGGGUACAGCACUUAAGAAUUUGCUGGUGCGUGCAGCGAAAGUAUUCUUUUAGCGGCGAUUGUUUGUAAUAAAGUAUCCAAUGUAAUAUGCUGGAAACUAAUGUUUCCGGUUCAUUCUCUGAAAACCUUUUUUAUGUGUUCACCUCCUUCUCAAUAUCUGCUGAUUGUAAAAUCAAACAUGCACACAUGUUUUGCGAAUUUGUGUGAAAAUCAAGUGCUGUUGGUGACUCAAUUUGCCGCUAAAUAUUACACUUGCAGACAGUCCUUCUGAUUUCUAUGCUUGGGAAUCUCCAGAUAAAAACAGCAAAGAAUUUAUGUGACUUGAUCUAAUAGUGCAAACAAACAUCAAUAUAUCUCCAUCAGAUUUUUACACAAGUAAACUAAAUGAUAGGCACCAAGAGCUCUGAUAUUGCUUUUGUGCUGCUAAGAAACACCGUGGAAAAUUUAGCUUAUUCUAAACAAGUUUUACUCAGGAACUUUGACUUAAUAUGCGAUGUGAAGAAAAGUUCUUGACUAAAACCGAACGUUUAGUACAUUUAAAGUAGAGGUGACGUGAAGAUACUUUUUGGUUGUGAUAUCUCACGAUGUUGCAGUCCAGUGACUAUUAAGUUCAAAUGUAUACUAUUUAUUGCCUUUGUAUGCCCGGCAUGAAACCGUUUUACUUGUAAUGACAAUAUUAUUAACGAGAGAGAGUUAUCCUAGAAUAUUUUCGCUCGAAAUCAGGCAAAAUUCGGGAACGGCAAGAAAAAAGUACUUUGGAGACCAAGCUUCAUUUUGAUAUUGAAAACACAAAUCAAACUUAAUGAUAAAUAUUUGAAUGACCUAAUGAACUAAGCUAAUGACCUAAUUCCAAUUAAGAAUCAACUGGCUGCAAUAAAUCUCAAUGUAUUUCAAAGUCUUUGUUCGGCUCGAAACUAGAAUAAAACAAAUCUAAUUUUGGAAAGCGCUGACAAAACAGGAACAAAAACAAGGGCUUGUCAGGCAAAGAUUCUGGAUGAAAUGGAAUUUCGCAAAAAUUCUUAUUGAACAAAUUAAAAACACAGAAGUCGAAAGCUUUAAAUCCACCUUUUCAGGUUAAUAUAACGCCUAUAAUAUGUCGCGAUAAUAUAGCACCUAUCGAACACAACUAUGUCUGAUUGGAAAUCGCAUCGUUCGAUCUGGGUAAAAUCUUUGAAAUUCUUCAUUAUUGUCCGGCAUGGAAAGAAAUCACCUGAUUUCCUUUAUUUCAGGAAGGGGUCAGACUACUAAGGCAGCCUGAGUACGUGGAAAAAAAGGAAAGAAAAUCAGUAAAUUUGGACUCAAUGCUCUUUCUGCAAACGCGGCAAAGCAGCUAGUGUUACGUAGUUAGGUCAUUAAGUGCGUGAUUCAGCAAGUGUAGCUAACGUCAAACUAACACUCAAAUACGUGUUUGUUCAUUUGAUAUUAAUAUCCGCCAACAUCUAGCCUUAAACGAUGCAAUGUUCAGUUGUCCAUCAAGUUCCGGUUUCGAAUUCUAAUGACGACUUAAAAGAGAUCGCGGUGAGUUGCAAAAACCAGUCGGAAUUGCGAAGGUUAGCUAUCAACUGCACUUCAUUAAACGAAGGUAAGUAAGUGCUUCAUCGUUGUCACAAUACUAGUUAUGUUAAGCAAAUUUACACUUUUUUUUAACAAGCCAAGAAAAGAGUUCUCAAUUUUCCUUUUGUGUGUUUGCCAAUAAUUCGCCAAAGUCAACUUCCUUCGCUGACCUCGUUAGUAAAAUUGGACAGAAGUUUCUUUGCAGUUUAGAUGAGUGUUGAGAACAAAAGUGAAAUCAGGUGAACGUGGAAUAGUAAAUUUUGUCCAUAAACGCUUGCUGGUUAUCGAUUUAAAGGUAAUAAAGGGCGCUAAAGUUGAAAAUUGAAGACGAGUUUUAUAUUGGCCAUAUCACGACCAUGUUACGAUUGAAAAGAAUGGAAUGCAGAUGAAUCCCUAAUCGUUACAAUCUGCUUUAAUAUAAAGUUGAGCCUUUCUGUUGCCUCCUAACAUAUUUCGGUGAUAUAUCGAUUGUCUUUGAAAUCAUUUAUUUUCUUAUAACAAAGUGCGUAGGUUUUUAAAGAAAAUCUGGUGUUGCGUAAAUGGUGGGGAAUAACAUGAUAAUUUGGUUUUAUCACCUGAGUUAACGUAAAUUGGCCUCCGUAAAGAGUUUCUAAGUUCUUGAAGCCGGCUUGGUUGGUGAAUAAAGAGAAUAAAAGUCAGCCUGGUGUUAGUUCAUUUUAAGGAUUGCUCAGUGAUUUCAAUUUCAAGACUACUCGCCACUUUUAGAAUUUUAUAUUCAAUCGAAAAAAAUAUGUUUUAUUAGCUGUUCAGUGACGCACAGGAGGCUUGUGAAUCUUUUUGGUCUUUUCUGAAUGCAAGAUGAACUUAUUAUUUUCACUCAUCUGUUCAUUUCAGAAAUUCCUUUUGUGCUAAUUCAAAGACCAGGCAGAAACCGACCAUCAUCAUAGAGCCAACAUGACACAUGUCAAAUGUCAGUUGGGAGUCGUCGUUUUUGUUCUCCUGGGUGGGUAGUAAACUUUUUAUUAAAUAUUUACCACUGAUCAUCUUACUUCUAAUUAUAAAUCAGCGAUCCUCGGAUGGCUAUAGCAGUAAUAAUCCGGCAGUCUGGCAGCGGUUACAUUUGGACUUAUCCGAGUGCUCGAAAACGUAGGAGCAAAAAUUAUCUUUGAUAUUUUCAAGAUUCUCAACUAGAUGGCGACCGAAGCUAAAAGAAUUUAGAGUGCUUUUCUGCUGAGUCGUAAAACCAAAGCCUCAACAAUCUCGACGGCUAACAAGAGAGAGAAGAAAAUUGUCGGAAAGAGCUAACGAGAGGUCAAAGAGUAGGGAAACACGGGUAACAAUUGGAAUGGGUUAUAGUUUUCUGCCUGGUUGUUUAAGGAUCGGAGGUGGUGCGAGUUUUUUUAACAAAUUAUAGAACGAGUUAAACAGAACCGAUGAUAUCUCAAAUCCUUUUCCAGGAUCAUUUGAAAACUUCUCUUAUUAGGAAAGUUGAUCGUCAUAGUAAGGAAAUAAGUAUUACACACUGAUCAUUCACUUAUAUCUUCUCAGUGUAUAUUAGAGAUAAAAGUCCAAACUUGAUCUUUCAUCAUCACCAUCAUAUUAAUGAUUGCUCAGACUAUUAUUGAUAUCAUACUCAUGAUUACUGAAGCUAUCCCCAUCCAAAGUUAAAUUUUGAGUCAGUUCAUUGCCUCACGUUCAUUUCAGUAGUUAAUAAACAUUUUUUCUUUUCUUAAAGCCAUAAAGGUCCUCUGUCAGAACCCUGUUGAACUCCAUGAUUUCAUAGAACGUUGUGAUUCGCACCGCACGAACUGCUGUGGCGGACUAGUUUAUCAUCCACUUUCACAGCUGUGCUGUUUAGGCGCUAUUCAACCGGUUGGUGGUCCUCAAUACUCUUGCUGCGGGAAAACUUUCUACAAUACUGGAACACAGCUCUGUUGCUCAGGUGUCGUUUACGACAAAACUCUUGCCAAAUGUUGUGGGUAAGAACGCAUUUUAAAGGCAAUUUUAUACGUAGAGGCCAGUUUACUCACUUGAGAGGUCUCAGGUUUUCGUUUUUGUAACAUCAUUUUGUUAAUGGCUGCGAUAAACUUGUAAGAUGAAUAAGUUGUUCGGUAUUUCUUCGUCUUCCUUUAACAGUGUCAUUGUAAAUUGGCAGUUUCUUCUUCUGUUGAAACAUACGAUCGAUUCUUCCACAUGAAAUCCAUAUGAUACGUACAAAUCACCUCACUUUAAACAGUCAAGAUCUGCAGGAUGACUUGAGCGGUUUCGAAAAUAAGCACCAUCAUUUCGAUUGAUUUUAUCAGAGUUUUUUUGCAUUUCAUUCGGGUUUUCUGAUAACAAGUAUGAAUUAUGUUCAUGUAGCCAUAACCAGACGGGUACAAAUGCAGUAUUAUUUGAUCUGAAUUAACUUUUUUCGAGUUAUUUUAACAAUUUUUUAUUUUCAUUCCCCGUGAUAAAUACUCUGCAAAAGUUUUUUUUUUUUCAACUCAAACCUAAAGCAGAACUGUUAAGCAGAGUAAAAUACACAUCUUUAAACAAUUUUUCCCUUUAGCUCUGGAUCCUACUGCUUUACUUCUGUACUCUUGCUUUAAUCCUUAUUGGUCAAAAAAAUGUUUCUUUCGUCUUGUCAUGCGUCAGCGUGGAACAAAGAAAAUUCUGAGCAUGAUAGUAAAUCUCAAUCAGGAAUCUUUUUUGGGGGUCUUUAGAUCUGCACACUAUUAUCCCACUACUCAACUCUGCUGUGGAGGAACAGUUGUUCAUAAAACCCAAGGCUCUGCCUGCUGUGGAAAAAGAGUUUAUAACACCAACACCCAGGUAGAUAUCAACGAAAUGAUUUGAUAGAUGGCGAAUUUAUACAAUAUAAACAUGAUCAGUUUAUAACUAAUCGAGAUUACAGAAAUACAUCUCAUUUUUAUUCUUGAAGUGGUGAUUUCUAAUACAUUACAGACUCGCAUGAAAACAUCGUAAGCUCCCUCCCUCGUUGAGUUAUCAAUAUUUAUGGUAGCACUUUUUCAGAUACUUCUUUAUUCACUGUUUUUAUUAUACUUGCCAUCUUUACGCUAUUAUGCCAGGGUCAUAAUAGAUGAAAUAGAGAAAUAGAGAAGCUUAGAGAAAUACUAAGAAACCUCGAUUUAAGAAGAUAUCAAUAGAGAAAAGAGCAAGUCUAAGAUCAUUUUACUUUUCCUGAUUCUCAUAUUUACUCGUGGUCUUCAAUUCGUAAAGUAGUAUUUAAAGAUAAAUUAGAGGAAUACAUGAAACAAUUUGGUGUUGGUGGUGUUGUUCCAAAUCAAGCCAUGGAUCGGUGAGCUGUUGUGGCACGACAGUGAUCUUCUCCAAUUAUCAACGUUGCUGCGAUAAUAGAGUGUAUAACCCAUCAACUCAGGUAGAUAAGUUUUGAAGGUUAUCUCUGACAAAACGUGCAGCUGAGGUCACCGAAAGUGAACUUAUAGAAACUUGUUGCCCAAGGAGCACUAAAAAAAAGCAUCUCCUCGCGACUAAAUUGCUUUUACAUAUAUAAGAGUAUGCAUGGAAGGGAAUCAAUAGCAAAAAUACAUUGACUAUGAAAAUACUGCUCAGUGUCUUUCGUUUCAUCGGUGGAGUACCUUUCAGAUUAAAGCCCAAAAUUACAGACGCUUAACCCUCAUUUUGCAGACUCCCCACUUUAACACUCAAGUAAGAUCAUUUAAGAAUUCCUUGAAAUAAUCCCGAGCUUUGUUCUGACCAUGUUUAAAUUUGAUUUUCUGUUUUUCAUUUUUUUCUUUUAUUUGGUUUAUGUUUAACGCUGAAAUACUAUUUUCCAUGCUUUUGUGAAGGUUUGCUGCUCAGGAGUAAUCUCCAAAAAACCACACGGUGUAUCAAAUCCAAGAUGCUGUAAAACCCUACCCUACAACCCAAACACUCAAGUAAGAUCAUUUAAGAAUUCCUUGAAAUAAUCUUGAGCUUUAUUUUGAGCAUGUUUAAAGCUAACUUUCUGUUUCUCAGUUUUUUUCUUUUAUUUGGUAUAUUGUUAUUCCUCGCUUAUACAUUGUACCCACAUUUUUCAGAAACCUUGGACUGAGAACUUCAAAAAUCUAAAAUAAAACUUAUUGAUCAGGUAGCGCAAAAACAUGCGUUCAAUGGGUUCAUCCACAGCACCAACACCCAGAUAGAUAUCAACGAAGUGUUUUGAUAGAUGGCGAAUUUAUACAAUAUAAACAUGAUCAGUUUAUAACUAAUCGAGAUUACAGAAAUACAUCUCAUUUUUAUUCUUGAAGUGGUGAUUUCUAAUACAUUACAGACUCGCAUGAAAACAUCGUAAGCUCCCUCCCUCGUUGAGUUAUCAAUAUUUAUGGUAGCACUAUUUCAGAUACUUCUUUAUUCACUGUUUUUACUAUACUUGCCAUCUUUACGCUAUUAUGCCAGGGUCAUAAUAGAUGAAAUAGAGAAAUAGAGAAGCUUAGAGAAAUACUAAGAAAUCUCGAUUUAAGAAGAUAUCAAUAGAGAAAAGAGCAAGUCUAAGAUCAUUUUCCUUUUCCUGAUUCCCAUAUUUACUCGUGGUCUUCAAUUUGUACUGUAAAGUAGUAUUUAAAAAUAAAUUAGAGGAAUACAUGAAACAACUUGAAAUAAAUUGAUAUUCACUUUCUCCGACGAUUAAAUUUUCAGGUAUGCUGUGGUGGUGUUGUUCAUCCCAAACCAAGCCAUGGACCGGUGAGCUGUUGUGGCAUCACAGUGAUCUUCAAUUAUCAACGUUGCUGCGGCAAUAGAGUGUAUAACCCAUCAACUCAGGUAGAUAAUUAUUGAAGGUUGUCUCUGACAAAACGUGCAGCUGAGGUCACCGAAAGUUAACUUAUAGAAACUUGUUGCUCAAGGAGCACUAAACACUUACAACUUUCAAAUAUCAAGGGAACAAGUUUGCCUUACCAUUACUGCUAUAAAAUGUUUUAUCCUCUUUUUUUUCCUUUUUUUCCCUUUUUUCCCUCUCUUCAAAUGUAUUAUCUAGAUAAACGAAUGAACAAAUGAAUUAACAAAAUAACAGCUACAUUGAUGUGAAGAGGAUUGGCUAGUGGACCAAGACCCACCUUGCAGUUGCGCCGGUGCUAGAUCAAAUUCCAUUAACGAAUUUUUUAAAACAUUUUUAUUCGAAUUCAUUAGUAUAAAGAUCUUCAUUGUACUUUGUUUAACUUUUCAGGCCUGCUGCGGAGACAGCGUAUUUACCAACAAGCUUUGCUGAGGAUCUGUACCGUAUAAUUCAAAUACCCACUGCUGCAAAUCAGGCUUCGUUCAACUUAAAGGCUGCUGCCAUGGAAACUCCCUGUCUUCACCCUGUCGCAUACAACCUUGAUCGAAAUGUUGCAAUUUUACUGUACCUAAUGAUUUAGAGGUGCUUUGCUUUAGCGACACUCUAUAAGCAGGUUUGUCGCCUUCAAUUUUUGUGCUUGGGCCACAGCAGAUUCUUAAGCAAUGAC